AAAAAAGAGUAAACUCUAUGAGAAAUACCUGGGUAAUCCAACUUUACAACGUGAGCUUCAUUACAGAAGGUAUAAAAACAAAUUAAAUCAUCUAAUUAGAAAUACUAAGAAAACUUAUUAUGAUAACAAAUUUGAUCGAGCAAAAAGCGACUUGAAGGAAACUUGGAAAUUAAUAAACGAGGUUAUAAAUACCAAAAGCAAGAAGUCAUCUUUACCAUCGUCAUUUAAAUCAAAUGGUACAGUGAUCACUGACCCUCUUGAAAUUGCAAAUGGAUUUUGUAAAUAUUUUACAAACAUUGGCUCAUCCUUGGAAAGCAGGAUUCUCCCAACAAAUUAUGUAUUUCGAGAUUUCCUUCGACCAAAUAUGAGUGAAACAAUAUUCCUUAAACCUACUACUGAACAUGAGCUAAAAAUGAUCUCUAUGUCAUUUAAAGGUGGAAAAGCACAUGGUUAUAAUCAUAUACCUAUGCAUCUUGUAAAAAAAUCGUUUGAUAUUAUUUCGAAACCAUUAAUGCGUGUAAUUAAUAUAUCCCUUGAAAAAAGGGAUAUUCCCAAAUAACCUUAAAACGGCAAAAAUAAUUCCUAUUUUUAAAGCUGAUGAUGUAGAUAUAUUUACGAACUACAGACCUAUCUCGAUCGUGUCAAGUUUCUCUAUGUAUAAUCGUUUGCUUGAUUUUAUAGAAAGAUUUGAAAUUUUGUAUUCUUUUCAGUUUGGUUUUCGUACCAAACAUUCAACUAAUCAUGCCCUCACACAUUUUGUAAAUAAAAUAGCAACUGAAAUUGAUCAAAACAAAAUUUCUAUUGGUCAUUUCUAGACUUGUCGAAAGCGUUUGACAUACUAAAUCACGGUAUACUUUUUUCCAAGCUCGAAAAUUAUGCCAUAGGCGGAGUCGUGCUAAAUUGGAUCAAGAGUUAUUUUCAUAACCGUAAACAAUUUAUUCAGUACAACAAUGUUACUUCUAGUCAGUUAAUCACCCGAUGUGGUGUGCCCCAAGGUUCAAUUUUAGGCCCUCUCCUUUUUAUUUUAUAUAUAAAUGUAUAUACCUUCCGAAUGCCUCCCGUAUAGUUGAACCUUUGCUAUUUGCGGAUGAUACUAGCAUCUGUUAUUCUCACUCUGACCCUGUGGAGUAAGCUGCAGUGUUAAACGAAGCAUUGCAAAGCAUCGGUUCUUGGAUGAGAGCAAAUAAACUCUCUGUUAACAUUGACAAAACAAUUUCCACAUUUCCACUCCAAGCAUAAGAAAGUCUCUUAUGAUACAUCUCUCUCUUUCGAUGACAAAUGUAUUACUCGUAAACCAAAGGUUAAGUUUCUCGGGGGUUUUCUGGAUGAGAAUCUCACCUGGAAGCCUCACAUUAGUGAUUAGUCAUGUGACUCAUGUCUGUAAAAAGGUUUCAAAGUCUAUCGGCAUAAUUUAUCGAGCUUGUUUUUACCUAUUAGCUUGUACUAAAUUGUCAUUGUACUACACGUUAAUCUAUCCAUCCCUUACCUAUUGUAACACUGCUUGGUCCUCCACCUAUCUUUCCAAUUUAAGUCGCAUAUUUCUAUUACAGAAACGAAUUGUCAGAGUACUGUCCAAUUCUAAUUACCGGGCGCAUACUGCUCCACUAUUUAGUAAAAUACUCAAUAUAUAUCAGCUUAAUUCCUUCCAUAUUGGUAAAUUCAUGUUUUCUUACCACAAUCAGCUAUUACCACCCUCUUUUCUCAAUCUGUUUAUUACCAACAAUGAAAUCCAUGAUUACAACACUAGAAAUGCGAGUUCAUACCGAGCUCAUGCAUGUAGAACUAAUGUAAAGCAGUUCACCAUCCUAUUUCAAGGAAUUCUCUCCAUCACCAUCCUAUUUGUGGAAUUCUCUCCCAGAGUUUGUCAAAAGUGCUCAGACGAUAAAUUGCUUCAGGAAUAGAAUUUUGAAAUAUUUGCUAGUCAGAUAGAUGCCUAAUUACGUUUUUCUUGACCGCACCUAACUAAUCAUUUUUCUGAUCAAUAUUUUCUGUUACUACUGCUCCAAGGAGACAUCCUAUUUACAAGCCCUAUGGUUUCCGGAUGCCUCCUUGCCACCGAUAUCUACUUUAUGGUGUACAUAUUGACUAUUUAAAACUAACUAUAUUAUUAUUAUAAAAUAACUUGUUUAUAACUGAUAUCUGUGGCAAAUUAUCUUAUCUAAGUCACAGUAAAUGAGUGCUUAUUAAUUGAUCAUAUCAAGUGUGAAAGGAACUGAAUAAUAAAAGCCAUGAACUGUUGUGUUCGUCAAAGAACUUUGAACCACCCAAGGUUUUGGUCUACUUUUAUUUUAAGAGUUUAUUAAAAAUGGAAGAAUACGAACCUUGGAGGACAAAACCUGAUAAUGAAAAUGUGGUCAUGGAAAUAACGUCAGCUACGUUUGGAUGGAAUGAGGUUCUGUUACUUUUGUGUAUAUUUAUAUUUACGGCAUUGUCAAUAUAUUGUCUUGUGAUUGGUUCAUAAGUGGUUGCUUUUCACAUGAUAAGCAUUAAUUUUUUCCCUACUCCCAAAGCGAACAAAAAUACAACCCAAGGAUAAUAAACUUCUUGGUAUGUUACUGUCAACCCAAACAAAAACAAACUAGGUCCAGUGAAACUCUAUUACAGUACUUACAACAGGAGGAAAUUGCGUUUGAUGGUAGAAACUUUUAACUUAGGUAAAACUAGAAACAGAGAAGAACAUCCCACCAAGAUCAGAACAAAACGGUGAACAGGUAGAAGAAAAUGACGCUAGAGAAAAAGGUAACUUACUAGAUUAAAAGCUAUGUUCAACUCUUCACUAACCCUAACCCAAUGAGCCUGCCACGCAGGCUACUUUUAACAGGAAGUCUAGAAGAUUUUUCCGAAUAUUUAGACAGCGAAAAUGUACUAGACGAAGGCAGACAAGCUCCUGAGGAAUUUAAUACACAAUUGGUGAAAACUUUGUUUGAUAUCAAUUUAACUGUUAAGAAGGUAAAUAUGCAAAAGCGACAUGCCUUCUAGCGAUGUCAUAGAUAUCUUAUAUACACUAGAUAGUGCAUCUAAUUAUUUUGCAAUUCAAAAAUUGAAGCCGUGAUUGCAGACUCAGGAUAUUCCCGUGAAAUGGAAGACUCGUAUGUUUUCUAUUUCUUAAACAGGGAACUUAAACAUUAAGUUAACCCUAUUCCAAAUACAUUUUCAAACUAUUCAAAGAUGAAAGUUAUUGUUGUUUUUUAAGCGUUUAUUAGCGUGUGGGAAACUCCACAUGGCCGCCAUCUAUUCAAAUGGGGGCAACCGCUGGGAUAUUCUUGGCUUCAAUUUUACUAAAAGAGAUGCGCUAUCUAGUGUAUAUAAGAUAUCUAUGAGCGAUGCCCGUUAAGCAUGACGAAAGGAGGCGUCACCUUAUGUAACGAACACCUCGAACGUAAUGGCGGGCGAUGAGGAACAAUUUUCGUUUGGUGAAAUAUUAACCACUAUCUAAUGUUUCGUGUUUGACAUAGACAAGAUAUUUUAUCGAAAAAUAAAUUAUAUGAUAAACGUGCGGUUCAUUCUAGAAAACCUCGCACCUGCGAACAGGCUGCGAAGCAAUUGUUAUGGCCAGAGGCAUUACCUAAGCGUGGUGUAGAUUGACGAUACCUUCAAUAUGGAUGAUGGUAGCUAUCUCCCAAUAUCGAUGACGUCAUCCCUCGAGUAUAUAAGGAGCUAAUUUGUGAAGGUCCAGGCUGGACCAGCUGGUAACCAGGAUGAGUCGUUUAAUAAAGCUGUUAUCACGGCUUUGAAUUAGCUUAGACUUAGUUUGAUAACAGCAACAGUAUAAAGUUCAAUCAAACGAUCUUUUGUGACACGAUCCAUUCCAGCUAGCUGCAUGGCUGGCAUAAUAUGAACAGCCCCUAAGAAUCCCUUCCGUGUAGGGUAAACUAAUUGGGGUAUGUGGCGGCGUUGGAAGUGGUAAAAGUUCUUUGAUCAAUGCAGUCCUCGCACAGGUAAGUGUGUGUUGUUUGGACUAUAAUUCCAUAUAGUUGUGUUUUCCAGUUAUACGAUUAAACCAGUUAUAUUGUAUGGUCAAAUUGUUAAUUGGAAUACAAGAUGUUUGGGGUUGGGAUUGGUAACCGGAAGUCAAUUUCACCCGAUUUUGGAUAAACUUGCCCAGAUCUUCCCGUCAAGUCUGAAACAGAAUUUUUGGUUCGAGGUCUGACCAUGUAAAUUAAGGAUGGCGCCCAAGUGAUAGGUGUACUUCCUUGUAUUUACUUCGUGUCCUUUUGUUGCUGCACCUGCUUUAUAAUAGGGCAAAUUAAUUUAAAUAAAUAAAUAAGAUAAUGAGUUAUACUCCAAACUAGUUUAACUCAGAGAACAGUGAAACCAGGUUUGUUUUAAUUGAAUCAAUAAGAAAAAAAGUGUAGGAAACAAACAGCGGUGUUUUGUUACAUUGACAACACAACGCAAUACCUGAUAACUGUGUGUGUGUGUUGUGUUUUAUGAAUGUAUUGUGUUUUAAUGAUGUGAUUGCAAUUUAUUGAACGGCAUGAAAAACUUUCUUGUUUUAGAUGACUCUUGUUGAAGGCAGUGUCUCGGUCAAUGGCUCCAUUGCUUAUGCUGCUCAACAGGUAUAUGGUUUAAGAAAUAAUGAGAAAUAUUACAGGGAGGUAGCGAAGAUUAUUUUUCAUGUACUGUAGUUGAAUCAUAAUGCAACUACAGUAUACAUGAAUAAUAAGAGCUGCAGUUUAAUUUCAAAAGGUACACACAUCCAAGCCCACAGUGAAAUAUAUAAAAUGUUAUCUCUUAUGUUAUCUUUCCUUAUAUUAUUAUGUCAAGGCAUGGCUAAUGAAUGCAUCUGUAAAGGAAAAUAUUAUUUUUGGUAAAGCUUUUAAACCUAGACGGUAGGUAUAGAUCAUACUAAGCCUACAGUACUUAUAUAUACAUACAAACUACUUUUUCACUGUAUUUUUCAGGACACAGUAUUUUCCCGCCACGUCCACAGACGUUAUGUUUUACAAUUAUUAAUGUCUUUGACUUUGUUUUUGAUAUUAUCGCUAUUGUGUUUGAUAUUUUUAUUGUUACGCUUUUUAUCUUGUUACUGGCAAGUAAAUAAAUUUAUUUAUUUAUAUAUUUGUGUUAAGGUACAAAGAAGUUAUCACAGCAUGCAGUUUAAAUCAAGACCUUCAUAUUUUUCCGCACGGAGAUCAAACAGAGGUCAGUUUUUGUCAUAUAAAUAAUAUAACAGUGACAAUGUAGGCUAUAUGUAUACGUUAUGAUAUAUGCAACAAAAUAUUCAUAACAUUUUUUGUCGUGAAAGUAAAACCGAGUUUUACGAAGUUCAUUAUCAAUUCAAUUUCUUGUUGCUUCGUUUCAUAUUGUGAGUUCUUUUCUCGUAAACAUAUCCAUAAUGUAGUUGUACUCGGCUUAGGUAGAAGAAAAAAAUAAGAAUACGAAAAUAUGACGAAAAUGGAAGUACAAUAAUUCUUAUGGUGCCUGUGUGGCAUCAUGAUCUAUUAAAUUACAGCCUGGCUUGAGGAAGUGCUUGAUGAUUUCUUGAAGUCAGUUUUUGCAUCUACAAUUCUGGAGAUGGCAUUUAAAAAAGCGAGGAUUUCGUUCUUUGAAUGAUCUUGUCGUUACGGUUUAUCAAAGAGGUUGUGAUUUGGGAGUUGUAAAAGGCGCUAAAACUCCCCAUGAGGAAGCAGACGUGGAACACGUCUAGCCAGUUUCAUGCGCACAUGCACUGAUGCUCUCUCACUUUUCUACUGCGACAAUCCAUUCACUGCGUUGUCUUCUUCCUGCAUGCAGGUUGGUGAACGAGGGAUCAAUCUUAGUGGUGGACAAAAACAGAGAAUUAGCUUAGCAAGAGCUGUUUAUGCUGACAAGGUAUCAUCCACUAAAAUAUUUCAUUUUCGCUGCUAUACACAGUAUGUUAUAGUCAGUGAUGAUACUUCUCGAAAUAUUGGGUGGUGGGGCGGGGUGGAUUAGUUUGCCAACGUAUAAUUUGUAGGUGGAAAUCUUAGUUUGUUCUUUUUGCCUUUAAUUCCAUACAAUACAGAGAUUUUUAACCUACCUAUGCUUUGAUGGUUGAAUAAUAACGGCUUAUUGACCAAGCGACGAGCGUGAGGUCUGUACUGUGAAAUAUCAGACCGAGGUUUUUAGUAUGGACCGAGCGACAAAGGAGCGAGGUCCAUGCAAAAAACAGAGGUCUGAUAUUUCACAGUACAGACCGAACAAGCGAGGUCAAUAAUCGGUUUAUUAUAUGGCUGAACUGAGUCUGUGAGCAUAUGCUUUUCGUGCGAAUUAAAUCGGCUUUCGUAAGUUUCACUGGGUAACAAUAUACGGUAGGCAUGCAUGCUCAAUCAAAAACAAUUUGGUUGUUUGAAAUUUUUAUCUGUAAAUUUUAAUGACACACAAUUGGAAAAUUUAAAAGCAAAAAUUUUUUCUGUUUGCAAAGCAAAAAUUUCCCGCCAGAUAAACGACAUCCGGGACACCGGUCCGGAUACGGAAAAUACCAGAGUAUCCGGACCGUGGUCCGUAUUUCCGGAUAUGGGUUUUUACGGACCGCUUGUCAACCAAUCAGAAUAUAGAAUUUUGAAAAGCCAUAUAAUAAUUAUGUUUACAACUUUGUUUGACUGUUAUUAUCCAUCAUUCAAAGUCUUUCAGAAAUUAUUGAGGGAGCUGUUGCCCCCCGCCCCCCUCCUCGCCCUAGUGUCCGCCACAGAUGGUCCAUAAACCAUCAUUAACAAUAUUUUUAUUGGACUGCCUUCGCUUGCUAUACUACAUUUUUCGAGAUUUAUUUGUGAUGUUUAAUUUUUAGGAUAUCUACUUACUUGAUGAUCCUCUCAGUGCAGUUGACAGCCAUGUUGGACAGCAUAUUUUUGAUAGCUGUAUCAAAGGCGCGUUAGCUGACAAAACUAUUAUAUUUGUCACUCAUCAAUUACAGGUUCGACAUAUUCUAAUAUCUUUGUAGCAUAUGACACCUUGACCUUGUUAUAGUUAAUGUCGUGCCGCUAUAAUAAUUUAGGAAAAUGUUAUGGAUUUUGAAGUAUAUUUUACUGAAACUAAAUCUUUAUACGGAAUUUCAGGGUAAAAUUCCAACUUUGUUUUCUUAUAUAUAGUAUCUAAAUCAUUGUGACAACGUCAUUCUCUUGAAAGAUGGACGUAUUGCCGAAAUGGGCCAAUAUGAAACGCUAAUACAAGAUGAAAAGGUAACUUUUCAUUGACGAAUUUACAAAAAACUAAUCAAUUAAUGAAUCUUGCUAAUUGGAAAAUGUGGAACUUGCAGUUUAGUGUAAUUCAAAGAUGCCAUAAUUAAUUUUCCAUUUGAUAAACAUUUGAUUUUUUUUUUCAUUGCAGGAUUUUUCAGUUUUAAUAAACAAUUAUCAUCAGAGGUUGGAGGCAGAAGGAAACGAGGAUGAAGAUGAUGAAGAAGACACCAGUAAACUUCUUGAAGAAAUUGUAAGAAAGAGAACUCUUUCUGCUCAAAGUAAUGGAGACAGUCAGCCAAAUACGACUGAAGAAAAGAAAGAAAUGAACGACGACAGUAAAAUGAAUGGAGUGGAGAAGGGAAAAGGUCGGUAAUAUUGCCACAACAACGACGACGAUAGCAACAGCACAGCAAUAUCACUGCGGUCAUGUCAGCAACGACCGCAGUGACAGCAACGAAAACAGCGACAGCAGCGACAACGACAACAGCAAACAUAAUUGUAGAAUGUAGUGGUGGAAAUACCAACGCGACUGCGGUAGUAUAUAUAGGGGCAGAAUGACCCUUUUUUAUUAGUGAGCAACAGUGAUCUCAUUAUAUUCAAUAUUAUUCAUGGUCAGCAACCAUUAUUAAAAUACAAUAAGAGAAAUAUAGUCAAAGUGAGAAACACAUAUAUUCAUGAAGUCAGGGUAAGUGGAUGAGUAACAUCAUUUAAUACAAUAUCCGCAAUGGUCGCUUUCCUCUGAAAUUCUGAAUAUUUAUUGACAGAUGACCUUAAUAUUCAUUUACUGUUAAGUUCCUCACCCUGAAUAUUCAAUGACGCUAACCCACCCUAAACACUUAUGCUCACCUUUCAAUUCCUAUAUACCUAGACUUUUCAAAGACGUAAUUUUUAUUUCCCGCGAGGAAAAAAUUCUGUGGCGCACUUGUGGCACGUCUACCAGGUUAAAUACGUGUGCUUAUAUAUAUGUUUUAGAUAUCCUUAUGAAAGCCGAAGAGAGAAACACAGGAACAGUUUCACUUUCAACAUAUUUGAAUUACUGUAAAGCAGCAGGAGGUUCGUUUCUUAAACAGUAUUAUAUAGAGAGGUAGUUCCUUAAAGGGCUGCCAAUGAAGAAAAAGUGUUGGGUACAAAGUCAACUAACCACACGAAAACAGUUGAGAGCAAAUAUUUAUCUAUACGUUUUCGUAGGAGACCAUUGUGUAUAUGUAGGCCUACUUAUGGAAGAAAUUAUGAUGAUAUUUACAAUUUAAGUAUAAGCUUUACGAACCCGUAUUAUUGUUCCAGCAUAAGUGUUGUUGUUGUUUUAGGUUUUUGUGUAGUUGCUGGUGUGAUAUUGCUAGUGUUUGCUUCAACGGUGUUGAAAGUGUUUACUGACUUCUGGCUUGGACGGUGGAUCAAUGAUGGGAACGGGAACGAGGUAAAACGUUUCUGUGAAGUUGUAGCUGAGUGUGUAUACUCUUUGUAAUAGUAUCUCUUUAGAGCUUUAGGUCAGAAACUCUGGACUCGUUUAACUAACACAUUGUUAACUAAAUCUUGCUGCACGAUUUCGCAAAAUUUAUAUUGCCAAUAAAAUAUUAUUUGCACUAAUGGGGAUCCAACGAUAUACUCGAUAUGGUAAUACAAUAUUCUGUGUGUGUGUCUGUCAGCACAAUAACUUAAAAAUAUAUCAAACAUAUUAAUAUUGUGGCACUAAUGGACAAUGACUGUCACUAAAUACAUACAGUAAAUGAUAAAUUGUUAAUAUUUUAAUCGUUUUCUGGUUUUCUUAUACAUUCUAGACUGCAGGUUCAUCUGGUAAACUAAAUGACAACCCUGAUCUUAAUUUUUAUGCAACAAUUUACGGAUCGUCAUUGGUUGUCUUAAUCAUUCUUUUUGUCGUAAAAUGUUUCAUCUUUGUGAGUACCGUUCUGCGUGCUUCAUCUAACCUUCAUAAUCAGGUAUUCCGGGCUGUCACGAAAAGUCCUAUGGAAUUCUUUGACACGACGCCUAUUGGACAGAUCUUGAACAGAUUCUCAAAAGACAUUGAUGAGAUCGACACCAGGUUACCGUUCUAUAUGGAAGUACUAAUACUGAAUCUGUCUUUGAUAUCGAUGACGUUCCUCGUUAUUGCAGUGAUAUUUUAUUGGUUCAUAAUACCUCUUUUUAUUUUCGUUGCAAUGUAUCUAUCAUUGAAUAUCUUUUUUCGUCGUUCAGUUCGUGAGUUAAAACGUCUGGAUAACAUAUCAAGAUCUCCUGUCUUCUCUCAUAUUUCUGCGUCAGUACAAGGACUUUCAACACUACACGCCUAUGGAAAAACCGGCGAGUUUUCGGAAAUAUUUGAAAAACUACUCGAUAAAAACACUUUGCCAUAUUUCAUGUACUAUACCUCUUUCCGUUGGUUGGCUGUACGUCUUGAUGUGAUAAGUAUUGGUAUUGGAACAGUCACAGCACUUCUUAUUGUUCUACUGCGAGAUAAUGUUCCUGCUGCCAUGGGUGGACUGGCAAUUACUUAUGCUUUACAGGCAAGUAUCAUGAUGAUGAUGAUGAUAAUAAGUUAUUUCAGGCCGCUACACAAGGUACAUUUUUCCAAUUCACUCAAGGCUGAGAGGUUCAACGGGUACACGUGCUCGACAACUAAAGCAGGGGCGCACUACUGAGUGUUUGGGCAAGGGGACACGAUCGGCCGGAAUUACUGGACGGAAAACAGAUUUAGACAUUUUGGAGCUCUUGCUGAAUAUUCACAUGGCUUCUGAGCUAUGAUUCGUGGAACAAAAUUGACCCCAUCCAAGUAAAAGAUAGUCUGGACCCCUAUUUUUUAGCCAAAACAGGGUUAGAAAAUUUUCGUUUGAAAAAACUGUCAGUUCGCCCCUGGCUUAAGCUGUUCUUUUUUAUGAGGGACAAUAACCAGAGGAUCUGGAGAAAAACCCGCGAAGCACAGGAGAGAACAAACCAAACUGCAUGUCCUUAAUAUUGAUUUUCAACCAAAGGGCUAACUUGAUACACCCACCCCAAAGAUUAACUUGGAAGCUUGAUGUUGUGUACUGUCUUUGGUAAUUUGGGCUUAUAAUGAAUACGCGAGUGAAAUAAAAUAUCCAGAAUACAUAAAAUAUUUACCCAUUGUACAUUUUACUAUAUUUAUUUAGAACAUAACUUUUAUCACGUGAUUUCGUGUUGAUAUCUGAUCAGGUUAAAUCUCUGUCCGAGUUAUUCUCACGUUAUAGAUUAAUUAAUACAUGAUUUGAGAGUAAAAUAUAGUCAUCAUAGUUUAUCAAAUUCUAUAUUGCUAUACAGGGUGUAUAAAAAAAAACUGAACAUAUUUGAAAUUGCUCUCAAUUUCGCAAAACAGCUUGUGGUAUCACGCUUUUGUUACAAAUAGAUUCCUUGAGUACGAACUCAAAUUGUGUAAACCAGGAGGGUGUUUCUUUUCCAACAAACUAAAAAUGGCUUGCGCACGAAAUCUAAAAGCUUUAAUCGUAUUUUGGGUUAAUGGAUGGAAAAUUUGUUGGGUUUUUAAUUACUGUUUGCUUUAGUAUAAGCCCCUUUAUUAACUUUUAAAGUUUUUUUUUAUAGUAAAAACUAUUCAUUUUCGCCUAAAAAAUCAGCCUUUCGCAUGCUUAAUUAUGCCUUUACCUAAUUUGCAUAUUGCUGACAUGCAAAUUAGGCAAAGGCAUUAAUUAAGCAUGCAAAAGGCUGAUUUUUUAGGAAAAAUGUACGUUUGCGUGAAUAGUUAAAGGGCUUAAACUGAAACAAAUUGUCUGCAAUUUCGUGCAGCAAUUAAACACCCAACACAUUUUUCACCCAUUAACUCAAAAUAAGAUUAAAGCUUUUAAAUCUCGUGCGCAAGCCAUUUCUAGUUUGUUGGAAAAGACACACACCCCUGGUUGACAAAAUUUUAGUUCGAGAAAUUUUUUCAUUAUUCUACAUUGUAUAAGUACCCAAAGAAGCAAAAUAUAUAAAAAAAACUGGAUACUAAUAGCUGUUUUGCGAAAUUGAGAUCAAAAUCUGCUCAGUUUUUUUUUUAUACCUGAUUAUAUAUUGGUAAUCUGGUGGAUUUUUAAAACAUUUUGUCCUUUUUAGUUGACAAGUGUUAUGCAGUUAACAGUACGAUUCAUUGCAGAGGUUGAAUCAACAUUCACCAAUGUAGAACGUCUUGUUUACUAUAUUAUUAAUCUGAAACCAGAAGCUCCCUGCUCAAUUCCUGACAAAAAACCUGCAGAUGACUGGCCUGCCAAAGGAAGCUUAUCUAUGGUUGGCUUAAAGGUGAGGGAACUUUUUCAUAGCUAUACAUCAAAGAGGGUGUUGAUGGGGUAUAUCGUGAGUCGUGAUUCACUCAAUUUCGGUUACCGUCAGUCGUGAAAACACUAAAAAUUUAGCGUGAAUCGUGCGGAAAAAAAUACUGUUUAUCGUUUCAGAACACUUUUCAAAGAUUUACCGUUAAAAUACCAAAAUGUUACAAAUUGUUACCGUUAAAAUACCAAAAAUUUUACCGUUUACUGAUUUUCAGACAACCCCUCCACCCCAUCUAGAUCCUCGUCAAAUGUAGUAAGAUGGAUAUAUAGAGACUUAAAUAUACGAGUGACUAGUUUAUGGAUCUUCUUUAACUGAAGACCUUUCAAAUAGACAAUAUAGCAUGUUUUCCACAGUUUUGUAUAUUAAUUUCUAAUUUAAACGUCAAUCAUUUUGACAAUUGAUAUCUCAAUGCUCAAAACUAAUCGCACAACCUAGCCUCCUCUGCAGGCAUCUCUAUUGGUUUUUAUCCUGCGAAUAGGUAGAUCGGAAAAAGUUUGCUGAGGUAUUUUUUUCGAAUACUGAAACGCACACAAGAUGCCUGCGGAGGAGGCUACGCACAAAAGAGUGUCCUCUAUACAGAUCAACAUAUAUAAUAAUGUGAGUAAGAAUAUAAGAAGUUAUCAGGAACGCAGUUCUCCAACUUAGAAAAUAUCUAGAAUCAGGCCUGUAGAAACUUAAGUAAAUUAUAGUAACUUCUUAGCCAUUGUGUAAAUACAGCAACUAUGGAAUUAUCUCCUUUCUUGCUAGAUGCGAUACAGGGAAAAUCUGCCAUUAGUUUUAAAAGGCAUCACUUGUAAUAUUAAAGCUGAGGAGAAAAUAGGCAUUGUAGGUCGAACUGGUUCAGGAAAAUCUUCUAUUGGAGUAUCUCUUUUUCGACUUGUGGAACCUGCAGAUGGGACAAUAUCUAUAGAUGGAGUUAAUAUACUGGACAUUGGUAAGAAUGAUAAAAAUUUACGAAUAUUAAUUCGAGUUAAAUUUGCACGAUUAUGAAUGCUGUGAGCAUUAUAUAUAAGCGUACAAAAUGUAUAUAUGUUAUAAAAUACAUUAGUCUAGGACCUGUAUAUGAGUUUGUAUGCGAUUCAUUUAGGACAGGUAAUCUCAACUGUUUUAGGGUAAAAUGACCAUGACGGUCAACAUGGCAUAUGUGCGAAAACCUGAGUCCGGGACGAAAGUCCUGAAAAUGACCCCGCCCUGAAACGGCAGUGUCGACAUAGCUCUAACUUCCAAAAAGGAAAAGCGAUAGCCUUUCUGAAGUGCUUAUAAUGUUUAGAAGGGUUGCUUUUAGGGGUGGUCAAUGGAAGGAAAAAUUUGUCUGAGUAUAAUAUUUUACCAGAAAAUGACUAUGCACCACCCCAGGUAAAUUGCUGAUUAUGCACAAAAUAACUAAUAUGCCUGGCAGAAAUUAAAUAUUCUUAUUUCCUAAAAAAAAUAUUAUGGGGUGAAAAACUAUGCUUAAUUUAAUAUAAAUAUUGUUGAUUUCAUAAAGAUCGUCAUUGUUUUCUUUAAAUAUAAUACAUUUUAUUUCGCUUACCCCCCACGAAAACACGAUUUCAGCCAUAUUUUGCCGUCUUGUUUGCUUUUUAUCGCCGAAUCUCGCAAAUAUCAUCCAGUUAUUGUAUUUUUACAUAAUUAUAAAUGGCUGAAGAAGAUUUCAAAGAAGGUUUCAUCCACUUUUGUAACAGUGCAGUGUAUUUUAUCUUCGAUAUUGUGUCCUUCGAUAUUUCGUCAAAUGCCGCCAUUUUAAUGGCUCGCCGCUUCCUGAUUAAAUGUAUUAUAUUUUUUGUAUUUUUAUAAUUGAUACGCAAAUAUUUAUUGCUUUUAUCAUAAAUCACAAAGAUACAGUAAAUAUAAUGUACUUAGUUGGUUGCUGUGGCCUGUGGUGGCGAACAAACGUUUCGUGAAAAUAUUCACUCCCCCCUGUUAUGUAACCCACGAGGUGUUUUCGCGAACUUGCGCGUGACUUUUAAAUUAUUUCUUUUGAAUUCAAACAGGACAACUAUUAUGGGAGGUUUUUUCCUCCCAAGUACCAAUAAUAUUUUCAAUAUUUGGAUUGAUACUAUUCUACAAGGAAGUACUCUUGGAUAAUGUAAUCUAAAUACAUAUGAAAACGAAGAAGUGGCAUUUAUCGGGCAGAGAAGCGGCGAGCCAUUAAAAUGGCGGCAUUUGACGAAAUAUCGAAGGACACAAUAUCGAAGAUAAAAUACAUUGCACUGUUACAAAAGUGGAUGAAACCUUCUUUGAAAUCUUCUUCAGCCAUUUAUAAUUAUGUAAAAAUACAAUAACUGGAUGAUAUUUGCGAGAUUCGGCGAUAAAAAGCAAACAAGACGGCAAAAUAUGGCUGAAAUCGUGUUUUCGUGGGGGGUAAGCGAAAUAAAAUGUAUUAUAUUUAAAGAAAACAAUGACAAUCCUUAUGAAAUCAACAAUAUUUAUGUUAAAUUAAGCAUAUUUUUUCACCCCAUAAUAUUUUUUUUUAGGAAAUAAGAAUAUUUCAUUUCUGCCAGGCAUAUUAGUUAUUUUGUGCAUAAUCAGCAAUUUACCUGGGGUGGUGCAUAGUCAUUUUCUGGUAAAAUAUUAUACUCGGACAAAUUUUUCCUUCCAAUGACCACCCCUAAAAGCAACCCUUCUAAACACUAUAAGCACUUCAGAAAGGCUAUCGCUUUUCCUUUUUGGAAGUUAGAGCUAUGUCGACACUGCCAUUUCAGGGCGGGGUCAUUUUCAGGACUUUCGUCCCGGAUUCAGGUUUUCGCACAUAUGCCAUGUUGACCGCCAUGGUCAAUUUACCCUAAAACAGUUGAGAUUACCUGUCCUAAAUUAAUCGCAUACAAACUCAUAUACAGGUCCUAGACUACAUGUAUAACUCUUUUAGUUUUGAGCGAAUGCGGCUAGAGAGAUGCUAUAAUGUGUUAACUCAACUAUGUUACAAAUAUGUUACUGAAGGAUACCUUUAAUCGACUUAUAACUCUUUAAUUCUCAUAUUCUCUGUUUUUACCUCCGCCAGGAGGUUAU